GAAAGCUUUCUGGAAAUGCUGUCCUUUCAACAAAGAGAUCCGCGGAGAAAUCGUGGCGACUUUGAGAAAGGGAACACCGGAGUGGUUUAGAUCGCUGAAAGCCGCUAUUAUGACCUCCGACGAGUACGAUCCCUCGUUUGUGGAUUUCUGUUCCGAAUUGUACGUCCAAUUGAAGCAGGCUUUGUCGCAUUACCAUCCGCUAUUCGAGGGAACAAAUGGCAUACCAUAUUUCAGCGUAGUCUUCAAACAACUUGACCAUCUAAUAUCCGACGAAGUAGUUGCCUUUUUAAAUCAAAACGAACAUCCGGAUGCUGCCUACAAUAGACUGAUUUUUUCGGUUUACCUUGAAGUAAAAGAUUUGGCAACGUUUAAUCAAAAUCUACCAAUGGGCGGCGAUCACAAACUACUUUUGCCACGUUGUCACGAGUGGUUUCAACCGUCUGUCAGUUGUUGGCUAACUGUUUGUAAAGGAAAGGCGUUACAGAGGGUUCGAACAUCGGUGGACAUCCAAAAAGGUUGCGACGGUGACAAACUCGUACGUCACAGCUCGUCGGCUGUCGACGUAGUUACAAUGUUCUGUCAAUUACGCGACUUUUGGCGCCUCCUUCAAUGGCCUAAAGCCCAUUCGAUUCUGCUGCUGUCCCAAUUGCUGGACUGCAUCUGCUCGGCGGCGCUGCUUUACGCGGAUAUCACGUACCAAUCACUGAUGGAAACUGGUUAUUUCGACAGACUAGGACCCUUUAGGAUAUGCGACGAGAUGUGCGUCUCCACGAAUAAUCUAGAAUACGUUUAUAAAUUUGUAUCUUUACUAGAAAAUUAUUUCGAUUUCGUAACACUAGAAACGAUAGCGACUGAAAUGCAAUUUGCAACCCUAACGAACCAAUUAGAUAGUACUUUGAGCCAGUUCCAAGUUAGGAUAAGGGACAUUAUCAAAAGAGUCGGACCUCAAAUGCAGGAAGCCUUAAGAAAAGCAAUGUUUCACGUGGCGUGGUCACCUGAUACCUUACCCACCAACCAGGCGGUCCAACCAUUAUUCGACUAUCUUCAAAGUCACCUUCAAGCGCUCAAUAUUGCGCUACUUCCGCAGAAUUUCCAGAAGGUGCUGCAAGAGGUAUGGGAAUACACUCUGUCCGAAUUGAAUUACCAAAUGGAGAGUGGUUCAAACAGCGACGAAAUUCCACACAUGUUCCACGAAAGGCUUCACGUGGCCUUGGGCCUAAUCGUUGAUUUCUUCCACGCGGACGGACAAGGUCUCACCAUGCAAAGCCUUCACUCGCCGAUGUUUCAACAAAUAGAGCAAAGGCUGCAGUACCACAGAACUGAUACUGAGACGCUCAUGGAGAUGUUCUACGCUCAAAGACUGCAGGACCAGAUAAACGCUACCACCUGUCCCUACGGAGUAUUGGCCGUUAGGGCUUACUUCAACCACGAUUCUUUGUGUGUGGAGGUUUUACAUGCCAGAGACAUCAUUCCGCUAGAUCCGAACGGCUUCAGCGAUCCCUUCGUGAUAAUCGAGCUGUUGCCACAUCGCGUGUUCCCGCACUGCAGCGAACAACAGACCAACGUACACAAGAAGACGCUUCAUCCCAUUUUCGAUGAGUGCUUUGAGUUCAGUGUUUCGUUGGAACAAUGCAGAUAUCCAGGUACCAUGAUAGCUUUUACAGUAAUGGACCAUGAUGUCCUGACUGCCAAUGACUUUGCUGGUGAAGCUUUUCUCUCACUGGGCAGUAUCCCCGGAGUUGCCGACACUGGAUCUGGAGUAGAUAAUUUCCAUGGACUGAAGCCUGUAGAAUUGGUGCUCAUGCAACAACAUCAAAGAAAUCAUCCGAUUUUACAAAUCUUGGAAUCCCGUUUCGGAGACCGAACAGCAUUAGAAUUCGUCAAGAAGCAGAAGCAAAGAUUUGCCGUAAAGUAAUUUUGAACCAAAAAGUAAAACCAAAAGAAAAAUCACCUCUAUUCAACUUUUUCGCAAAAAAAUAUAUUAUGUUGUAAAUGUGAUUGUGUGUAAAUUCGAAGAAUCUGCAAAACAAUAUUUCCCGCACUGAAAACUUCUUGUAAAUAUGGUAGGAUGAUGUAUAUGAUUAAAGAAUAUAUAUUUAAAUAGCCAUUAUCCGAUAAGCCGGUAGAAAAAAGUUAGGUUAAGGUAAUUAUAUAUUUUUAUUUGUAUAUACGGGAUGCUCCAACUAAAAUCACUCAUAAUAAUCUGAAAUUUUAUUGUCAUAAUAGUUUUGCUCAUUUGUAUUUUCUUUCCUACCACAAUGAUUCUCAUCAUCCUGUUUUGUCUCAUUUUUUUUUUAAUACCUGACUAAAUAUAAUGACAAAGAGGGAAAAGCAUUACCUUAAUAUGAAUUAUAGAUUUUUAAUUAUGAGAGUAAUAUUGAAGAUGAAGAAGUAAUGUUUAAAGAAAAUAAUAAUACAAUUAAAUUUAGAGAAUAGAAGGGUUUAGAAGUAUUUAAUUUAGUAAAAUAAUUUGGUAGCAAUUCAUCUAAGAUCAGGACUAAUUUCCAGUUAGAACAAGGCACUUUGCCUAUAUUAAGAAAAGGAGGAAUAAAAAGAAUAAAUAAAAACCUUAAAUUCAAAGAAUACAAUUUUUUGUAUUGCUUAUUCGUGAUAUCAACUAUAAGAUGUAUAUAUGAAGACCUCUUAAAUUUAGAAUUUUAGUAUAUGUAAAUUUUAGGACUCUGAUAAAAUAAAUAAUUUUAGUUGUAACUACCCGUAUAUAAACAAAAGGAUCUACAGGUUUAUUGGAAAUAUUUCUAAAUGUAUAUAAAUGUAAUUUUAAUUGCACUUACUAGUAGUUGUUCUGGAUCCCCAUUUUGAAAUAUACAAAAUUACUAUAGUCAUUUCUAAUUAUUAACUAGA